AGUGACAGUGCCUGUAUUGCAUAUUUCAGGUUGAAGUGAAGCUUUUGCGCAGGUUGAAAAUCGAGCUACAUCUACCUGGAUCCAGCAGAUUAAAUGGAUUCUCAGCCUGCGACUCCAAUGGACGCGAGCUGCCUUCAGGCGCCUUCACCGGCAGCCCCGAUGGAGGUGGUCAAUUCUCCUCAGCCAGGGUGUUCUGCAUUUAGAGACCGGGACUCACCACCACAGGGAUCUUCAACAAGUGGCCUGCUAACAGGACCUUCCGGAAUACAAGAUGAUGACUCGCUCGGGUCCCCCCCCGUUGAUGAGCGGUCCCUCCAUGAAACAUUGGCACGAAACCGGGAGAAGCUCAAGGUGAAGCUUCUGACCAGAAGACCAAUUCAUCAGCUUGUCCAGCAGGGAAUAAUCCCUCGUGAGUACAUUGCAUUAAAGGCCUCCCCGCAAUUUCUAGAACAGAAGCAAAGACUCGAACGGGCUAAGAUGGGCGACUUCCUCAAGAAUAAGAUGCAGCAUCGGCCAGAUCGUGACACUUUAAUUCGAGCGCACAUCCUUGAAGACACUUCAGCAAAACUUGAUCCUUCACUUCAAGACAAGCAGAGGAGAUUGAAAAGAGCGCGUCUAAAGGACGACCUUAAUGACCGUUUGGCACAUCGUCCCGGGCCUCUCGAACUCAUUCGAGGCAACAUCUUACAAGCAGACGAGACUUUCGCUCAAGCAAUCAAAGAGGGGACUAUCCCAUUCAAACGGACAUGCGAAGGCGACAUCGUCACGCCCACCGAGCCGAUCUCAGAAUCAGGUAGUGACGACUCCCAGCAGGGAAGUGGUGAUGGUGGUGCUGGCUCCCGGGAUGGUUCACCCCCUCAGGGCGCCCCAACACCCCUACAAGUGAGCACCUCGGCUUCACUUGUUACGCCCACCGUUUCGUCGGUUAUUGCGAACUCCAGUACGACGACUCCCACUGGUACAACUAGCAUGCAUACACCUCGACUGGAAGCAAUGAACCUAGCUAACGCCGUCGUGGGCGCGACUGCUACACAUACGACUCCAACCACACUUCUCUUAACAACAACCGACGGAGAUGGUCAUUCCGUGAUUGUCUGCACCCAGACAGAGAACGGCGCGGCCGGACAAGCCGUUGUAAAAACACUUUCACAGUCGCCUGCAGCGAUUCCCUCAACACCAGUCUACUUUACGCUGGCCACGAAUCCUACCAGAACACCGGCCGCAGUUGGCAACAGUGGGCCGACGCUUAUCAAACAGCGAUCUCUGCCAACGCCCGUAACGCUCGUAUCUAGUCAGACGGCAACUACGCCGGUUCCAACAGGAUCGAAGAAAAAAUCUUCUUCCUCUGGCAAAGCCGCCCAAACGACACCUUCGCAGCAACCCAAUAAGAAUCGUAUAAUCAAGUUCCACGAAUACAAGGGACCCCCGUCGGCAAUGAAGGACAAAGAGAUGAAGGAGAAAAAGGAAACAUCUUACGAGUUGCUUCUGCAACAACAAAGAGUUUUUCUUCAGUGGCAAAUGGACCAUGCUCCCGGAAAUGGAUCGAAGCAAAAAAUGAUCCUGCCAGCACCGAGUAGUUCCUUUCAGACUGGCGCUCCGAUUAACAGUGACGCCUAUAAGUUAAAAUGCGCCAAGCUUGAGGACAUGAAAGUAUCGGACCUCAAGCUUGAACUAAAAAAACGUAACCUUACCGUUUCGGGAUCAAAGCCACAGCUGAUUGAAAGGCUAAAACCUUUCUCCGACCAGAUCGCGUCAACAAAACCGGGAACGCCUUCAUCUAUCGAGUGUGCCAGUAGCAACCACAGCAAUAUCAACAACUGUGAUACGAUGAUUGACGAUGUGUCAACGCCGACGGUCGGAGAACACGAUAGCGUGUUGGCAAAAAUGGACAUCCUCCAUAAAGAGCUGCUUGAAAAACAACGAAUACAAACCCUUCUGCAACAACAACAACAACAGCAGCAGCAGCAGCUUCAUCAGCAGAUGCCGGCGACGACCACGAGCCAGCAACAACAGGCCAACGUGAUCACAAUCACUGAUGGCAGUGGUAAGGACCAGACAAUUCAAGUAAACCGGGUACUGUGCCAGCCAGGCGUGCAAAUAAUUCAUGCCAAACCGCAAUUGGUUGCACUACAAGUAACAAAGUCAUCUGAUGCCGCCCAUUGCGUGGACGGGGGCAUGCUCAACGUAUCCGGCUUAGCCGGCUCACCAAAUAUUGCCAUCGUCAGUCAAGUAGCUAGUUCUUCUGGUGAAACUUCGGCAACCACUCUUCAGAAAAUGUCGCCACAGCACAUUCAAGUGAAACAUGUCGUCCCAACGACAGUUGCCACCCCUUCACUUGGGGCGUCUCACGUGAUCGGUCAGUUGACAAAGCCUAUGGGGCAGCUGCAGCCGAUACAGGUUCAGCAUAACGGAGGUGUACAGGUAAAACAGGUGAGCGGGUCUAAACAGGCAGUACAGGCGGGCAAAGUUCAGCCGGUUCAUGUCAAGGUACAGCCUUCAGGUCAACACCUGCAGCAGCAACAACAACAACAACCUCAGCCUUUAACGACUGGCCAGCUAAAAUUGUCCACCUUACCAAAACAGCUAUUGCAGCAUAAAAUUCUACCUCAGCCGGCUUCCAUUGUAGCUAGCUCGGUCGGCGCCAACACAUCGAUUUCAGCUGGUCCGGCAUCACCGGUGCUCAAGAACACGUCCGUUGAACGCAAACCCAGUUCAAGCCAGGACGGGGCUCGAAGUCAUACGAGAACCCAUUCGUUACCUUGUCAUAUGGAUGUACUGCCUAGAAAGCCACCUCCAGAAUACACUGAAAUGACUCGACAGAUUCAGGAACAUCAGCAGCAACAGCAAAGCACCAAGGAGUCAUGUGAUAUGAACCUGAACGAUAUCUUUGAAAUUAUCUCUAAACAGGAGCAACCCGCACAGUUUGAGGUCACUCGAAACCCUGACACCGGUGUGAUCAUGCUCAAGGAAGCGACUGCCGAUACUCCAAAAACAUCUCAUAUUGUGACGCCAGAUAUAAAGGCACCAGUUGUGAUCGAGGGUUUAUCAGUACCCAUCGCUGUCGCAAGUCAAGACAUGUUGAAACCACUGGAACAAAAAUCUGCCACUGAGAGACAAGUUGGAAUCAGCUUGAAUAGUGAAAAGCUGCAGACAACUGUCCUUAAGUCAAAUCUUGUGAUGGCUCAAACCCGUGGCGUUCAAGAUCACGCUGAAUCGUUACCAUCUGUGCCGAAUGCGAGAACAAGUGACGAUAACAGUCAGAGCACCCAGUCUUUCAAAGGAACGUUAAGUACACUAGUAAAAAGCAAGCAGAGCCUGCAAAACGUCCAAGGGGCAAUAGAAACUACAUCAGUCGAUAGCUGCAAAGGGGACCCACAGGUGCGAGCUCACGAAGACAAGGCACUCGAUUUUAAUGUUGACCUCGAUGCUCUCGAAACGUUGGACAUCAACUUCGACAUAAUCCAUCAGGACAACAAUAAUAAGCAUUCAAAUCAGCAUCUCUUCAAAAAUUUCUCCCUCGAACCAGAACAUAUGUCUACAGACUUUGGACAAGAUCUAGAUUGGUGGUCAAACGAGCUUUUUCAAACCAAACAAUCGACCACGGGCGAUACACGUCCGACCGAUCAGUUGCCUAGCGAUGGUAACAAUUCGACAUCAGCACUAUUGAUUACCACAUCGGUCCCUAACCAAGCGCUAGUUCAUAAUGAACCGACGCAUAGUUCUUCGGAUAGUCUACGAACGCCUGAAAUCACCCCUUCAUUGUCCUUAAACGACCCAUUGUUGUCGUUUAGCAAUACGAAUAACUGUACACUGACUGACCACAAGGCCGCUAGCAGCAUUCACAAUAGCAAUAAUAACAAUGCACUAUCAGGGGCAGGAUUUAGCCAGCCGCUCAGUCAUCACCCGCCAGCUAUCUCACUAUAUAGUGAUAUGCAGGGCCUACUAUGCGAAGAUGUUAUUAUGGCCGAUUGGACCAAUGCACAGCCGCACAGUUUCGAUAUCCAUAUGCAGAUGUAAUUACUUGCUCGAGAUUUUGAGCGGUAAAGCGGUAGAAGUUCAUUUGGGACAAAUGUCUGAGAAACAUUUGGGCUUUUGGAACUUUUCGGUUAGACACUUAAAACCGUUCAUUUCUCGCGCCUAGUUUCGGCCUGGCGGUACAACUAAGCGUAGUUCGUUAACACAGAAAAGGACAAACAAAUAAUGAAGAUAAAAUCUAGCGACUUUAUCACGAACAAUGGAGGCUAAUCGGGCCGACAGGGUGAAUCACCGUGUUGGGGGCAAUGAUCAACUCCAAUGUUAAUCUAUUUCAAAUUUAUCGCUUCUACUUGUUUGUUGGAUCGUCCAUGUAAUAAUCGUUUGUGUGUUCGAUAGUUUCUACUGAGUGUGUUCACGAUAUUGCGGUACACUCACUGAAAAGGCACAGCUGUCAAACUGUGAAAUUCAGGGUUCGGAAACGUUACUUGUCUCAGACCAUCUUAGGAUCGACAAACAUUUACUACGGAACAGGAGAAACAAAAAAGCCCAGCACACAUUCAGACGACAGCAGAACUCCACUGUCAUUCUACCGUCAUCCCUUUCGGACGAACGCAGUAGUAUUUAUGCAUAUAAAAUUACACAUUCUGUCUAUCAUAUACAUUAACUCUACAAUAUAUACGAUCUGGUAAUUUGCAGUUAAAUAGUUACAAAAAGUUAAUAAAAUAUAUAUAUAUAUAUGGUUCGAUUAUAUAUAGCGAACGGUACCACAAGGAAUCGCUCUGACGAACGGGUGCUUCUUGUACGAGUAAACAAUUUAUAGAGCAAUUGUACUAGUCUAGUCAGCAAGAGAUUAGAGCAGGACCUGCUUGUACCAUGUGAGAAAACUUAUUACAUAUUUCCCCUUUGUAGUCCUUAUGGAAAUCGACGAUUUAACAUUAAAUUCUCCAUUUCGUCACUAGUAAGAGCUCUGCGAUACACACAUCGGAUUUAGGCUAGUGUUAGCUAACGCGUACAUUUUCCCCAGCUGAUUCGAUCCCCGCUGGAAUCUUUAAUGUUCCCAGAUAUCGAAUGAAAGAAUCUGUAUAGACGGAAUGUGUUGUUCCCAGGAAAUGUGUAGCGUUUUUUUUACGACGAACGUUUUGUUGCUGGCACAACAAUAGCAACAACGAGUGCUCAGUAGCCAUUAUCUACAAAUGAGGUUGAGAUAUAGAAUGAAAAGCCGUAUAUCGUCGAACGACUAACUUACUGAUGAUAACGCAUAUGGAUUAUAAAUAGAAUAUAUAAGUAGAAAGACUGUACGUAUAGAAGUUGUUGCGAUGUCGUUCGUUGUACGUUACCCGAUUCACUAAUUAUCGUGCUUGUCUAGUUUAUCUUAUUACGAUAAAAUUAGGUGGAUAGAAAUACGAUUAGGGAAACGAACGCAUAACAGUUGAGUUUGAAGGGAAACAAAUAAUUUACCUGCACACGUUCGGGGAGAACUACUACGCUAUAUCUAGCACGCAAGCGUGCACCAUCUUUAUACGACGAAAAUUUCCGUCUCACUUUAAAUCCUACCAUUUCAGCCUAGUCGUUUGUUACGAAUAAGGAAUCACUGACAGUCCGGCUGUAUUAGGAUCGAUCGGAUUCAAACUACAAAAUUUUAAUAUUUGAUGAUUACGGACGCUUCUCUCGAUGAUGGAGAGCUACGUAAAGGUUGUAUGAUUGCUUAAGGAUCGAGACGUCCUAAAUAUGAAAAGGUUAAAAACGUACUAUCUGUAUUGUGAUGCGCAAGAGGUGUCAAUCUUUCGAGUUAGAAAUGCGCCGCAAAUGGAGGAAACGACCGAACGCUUUUUCCCUCGCUUGUUUGUGGAAAAGUAACAAAAGGGUAUUUUGUCACAUAUUCGAUCAGUCGUAUAACAGUUUUGUUAAUUCUUUGUUAAAUGAACGCGAAGUAUUCACUAAUAUUAUUCAUCUGAGUUGUUCACUGUAAAAGGCAGAAAAACUCGUCGUCGACAACUUGUCUCUUUUAACAUUUAUAGAUUAAAGUUAUAGUAAACAUGUACGCAAGCAAGACUGGCCCGCUUGUCGGAUGUGAAAUAGUUCCAAUAUGUAUAUAUGUGGAGAAUAGAGCUAUCAAAACCAUCGAUUUUCCUACAAUUAUUAUUUAAUAUAUGGGGCCAAGCGAGUACGAGAGAGGAAGCAAUAAAGCAACAAUAUUCAAUCCUGAUUUUUGCGCGUCUGGCCGAUGCGCUUGACAAAAGCCGUUAACGUCUGGCAGGAAAUAGCAAGAUUUUUCUAGACGAAAGUAGCCGACGCGGCUCAGAGGGGCACAUACGUUUUUGUUAACAUAGAUGUACUAGCAUGGUCAGUUGUAUAUUACAAACAGACAGUAGUUUGACGUUUUGUCCGCCAUUUUAUGAAAUUACCAAUGGCACGGUGUGAUUGUAAGCAGUGGACACAACCAGCGCUAUCAAGACUGCUAGCUAAACCCGUAAAGAAACAACAGAUCGACAACACUUUAGCUUCGAUCGACGAACAAGGAAAUCUGGAAUUAUAUGGAACAGUCUACAACUCAGUCUUGUAAGCUGCAGGCGUUAGAGCAUGCGGAGAAGUACGUGUGUCGAAAUGGGUGGCAGAAGAUCGCUGACAACAUUGAAUCUAAACGGGGAAAAUUUUCCAAUUAUACUGAUUUAGACAAUAGCGACAAUGUGAAUGAACAGAAGAGCUGCUUCCUCUGGUUACAUCGUAAGAACAAUCUUUUUGUAUAAUUAAGUAUAUGUAUAUGAAAAAGCUUAUUAUUUACCUGUAGUGUGUAAAUGUGUAAAAACUAUUGGACAAGCUUCAUACGUUGCGUUUCCUUGCUAACAAUAUUGCAUAGUGCAUAGUUUUUUUCUACUUUCAACAGCACCGGACGGGAGACUAAUUCAUCUAUUCUUCUGGUUCUGGUUAUGUAAAAUGUUUGUGUAUAUAAGACGUAGUACUAAUGCUAUCAGACAGUACGGAAUUAUAGUUCAACGUAACGCUCGAUAUCUUGCGCUGUUUUGUCAUACAGAAAAAAAACAAAAAUUCAUGUGAUAAUUUUUGACGGGCGCUAAUACGGAACGCGAGGUAGGUUUGCGAGUCUGUUACAUAAGGCUGGUCUAC